AUGGCGGUACAGUCUGACAGUUACGUGUCCGUGCCGGAAUUCUACUCGAAUGUGGACGUUUUCGUGACCGGCGGCACCGGCUUUCUGGGCAAGGUGUUGAUCGAGAAGCUGCUCCGGUCCUGCCCGGACAUCGGGCGCAUAUUUGUGCUGAUGCGCAACAAGCGGGGCAAAUCAAUCGAGGAACGCGUGGCCGAGCUGGCCAGUUGCCCGUUGUUCGAUCGGCUGAAGAAGGAACACGAGGAAGCGUUGAAAAAGGUGGUCCCGGUUUACGGUGAUAUUAGGAAGCCCUGCCUGGGAAUGUACGAGGAGGACGUCCAGAUGCUUAGCAACGUGUCGGUGGCGUUCCAUUUGGCGGCGAGCGUCCGCUUCGAUGACCCACUGAGGGAAGCGAUACGGACGAACAUCUGUUCGACGCAGGAACUGUUCGAAAUGCUGAAGCGCACCGCCACCAACAUACGGGCCGUCGUGCACGUUUCCACGGCGUACAGUAACCCCGAGAAUCAGUACGUGGAGGAGAAGCUCUACCCACCGAAGUAUGACUGGAAAAAGCUGGUCCAGACGGUGGACCGCUACGAUGCCGACACCCUUGACGCCCUGAUGCCAAAACUCUCGCACAAUUCUCCGAACACUUACACUUACACCAAAGGUUUGGCGGAGCAGGUGUGUAAGGAUUACUGCAACGUGUUGCCACUGGCCAUCGUACGUCCGUCGGUGGUGCUGUUCACGAUUGAUGAACCGAUGAGUGGCUGGGUGGACAACUUCAACGGUCCGACCGGCUUGCUGGUCAGCGCGGGCAUGGGCAUUACGCGAACGGGUUACCUUCGGCAGAAGAACCGCAUCAACAUCAUUCCGGUGGACGUGGUCGUGAAGAACAUCAUUCUGGCGGCCUGGAAGCGGGGCACGAUCGAGCGCCAGGCCGGCCCGAACCAUCUGGCCAUCUACAACAGUGCCGUCACCUACCAGCAGUCGCUGGAGUAUAAGGAAAUGUUGGACCGGGGCAAAGAGUACCUCUACACGGUGCCCUUCAGCCGCAUGCUGUGGAUUCCCCGGGGGACGCCAACGGACUGGAAAGUGUUGUACUACUUAACGUUAUUUUUCACUAUGAUCCUGCCGUCACUUCUGUUGGAUCUUUUACUCAGACUGUUGGGCCACAAGCCGUUCUUAAUGAAAUUGCAAACCAGAAUCUAUGGAUCCGAAGUCUCCCUGCGGUACUUCGUCUGGCACGAGUGGCGCUUCGAAACGAAACAGAUGAACGCUUUGCGCAGCUUUUUAACCGAACGGGAUCGCGAAUCCUUCGGAUGGUACAUGCCACAAACGACGCUUACUGGCGAAUAUCUGGAGAAGGCGUACCUCACCAUCCGGCGGUACUUGGUAAAGGACCCGGACGAGACCAUUCCGUACGCCAAGCGGAAGCUAGCACGUAUGAUACUCGCCGAGCGUAUCAUUCAGAUUAUUGCUUGCGGCUUGAUAAUUGUAGGUAUUUGCAGGACAGUUUUCGCUGGAUGCUUGUAGUGCUGCAAUAAACAUUACGAG